AUGCUUUUGUCGGGAGGUAAGUCUUGUUAUUAUUUGUGUUUUUUAUAUUUAGGACUUUAAAAGAACAAGGUAGACGGGAUAAUCUGGCCAUCAAGUAGAUCUUUUCCAAAAUUGAUACCUAAAUGCUAACUUUUUGAUAAUUUAAACCCAUUACUUACAAAAUUGAGCUUCAUAACUAACAAAAAAUUUUCUAGCGCUGCUUCUCCGACCCACAGUACAUUCAUACAGGUUAAUAAGCUACAGUGCUGUAAUUCGGGCAGAUGACAUUAUUAAAUCAAAGAAGAACAAGUUGUUUAAGGUAGCGCGGAGCCCAAGGAGGACGUCAUCGUACGAUGAGGACAAAAUUGAUGAAAUGCGAGCUCUUGCUGAGUUUAACUUGAAAUCAACUGAUUUAGAGUGAGUUUUGCUUAUUUUUUCUGGUUUUUAGGACUUACUAUAAUUUCAUGGAGAAAAUAAAGUCGAAUGUUAGCUUUUAUGCUGAGUUUCAUGUUUUAUUAGGAAAGGGGGUUACUUGGCUUUGUAAAAUACGUCCCGAAAAGGGUUGGGGAUGUUUUUCCAUGAAGUUAUAACCAAUUUUGUCCAAACGAGCAAUUUGAUCUACUGCAAUAUCAAAAACUUCUUUUCUUUAUCUCCUAUUCUUUCAGAGGUUUACCACAGCCCGCAGACUUCCAAGUUGGUGCACGGAAGCUCUAUUACGUUGAAGACGUCAAAUCCAAAGCCAUCAAAGUAAGUUAUUUCUUUCUAUUUUUAUAGAUUUAGGUUCAUGGAAGCCCAAGCGCGAUAUACGCGAAACAACGGCAAUUACUGCCUGGGCGUGAACUGUCAGACAAUGAGAGGAUGAGGUUACGAAUGAAGGUGGAGAGUACGACAAAAGGUGCUGUGACAGAAGGAGCUGACCGAGUUGUGGGUAUUGCCUUUGCUUUGAACUGCUGCGACAUGUUGGGCAAGUUUGCUGCUGCAUACUUGACCGGAAGUAAAAGUCUGUUUGCUGAAGCGAUUCACAGCACUAUGGACACUUGUAAUCAAAUGAUCUUGUUGAUGGGUAAGGAUAUUUAUAGUUUGUGUGUCAAAAUUUAGGAAAAGUUAAUUUUUUGGUCAAAUUUUAAUGAUGAACAAUAUAAUAUUGCUUAUAUCUUGAAAUCUGAGAGCCUGAAGGUUCUUUAACGUUUUUCAAAAGUUACUACUGACUCUGUAGAAGAUAUAAAUGGACAACUUUCAGGUAUAAGGUACUCGUCCAAGAACCCAGACCCGAAUUUCCCUUAUGGCUAUGGUAAUAUGAGGUACGUGUCUUCUUUAAUCAGUGGAUGUGGAAUUCUUGCUUUUGGAUGUGGUUUAUCAAUGUAUCAUGGCAUUAGUGGACUACUUCAUCCAGGAGAACUCGAACCAAUGACUUAUGUAAGGUAUUUUUGAUAUUACAUCAGAUUUUAGAGAUAACAUUUGGUUUUAAGGUGAUUUUUGAUAUAAACCUUGUUUUACUUUCGAUUUUGGAUGUUUUAAUAGGUUAUAGAGUUUAUGUUGAAUAGUACUUUAAAUUUAUGGUCUAUAUUUGUAUAGAUUUUUUUAUCUAUAAGUCAGUUUUCAAUAUUAUAGUAGAUUUUUAGGCCUACUACGCUCUCGGCAUGUCAUUUUGUUUCCAAGGCUGUUCAGGACUGACUGCCUACCGUGAGGUAAAGAGGAAAGCAGGUGCUGCUAACAUGUCAUUGAUAAAUUAUGGUAGGUUGUAUUGGUUUUUGGAUUUUUGGAAACAUUUACAUUGUCAUAGGCAUUUGAUAGGUACUUAGAUUUUUUGAUAAUUCUGUGGGUACACGUUUUAGUUUGGAGUAGUUUUGAGAUUUUUGGGUAGGUAAGAGAAUUGUGAGUCUAUCUAAAUCUCUUUGGGUAUAUUAUACUUACUUUAGUAAUUUAAAAUACGGUUUGUAUUUUUUGAACGUUGAUAAUAGCAAAAUUUUAAAAUUUUGAUUUUUCAGUUAGAUCCUCAGCCGAUCCAUCGCUAAACGUUGUCCUACUAGAAGAUUCAGCCGCCGUAGUAGGUGUUUUAAUAGCUACCGGAGCCGUAACUACCUCAUCACUACUGAAUUCAACGAUUCCAGACAGUAUAGGAUCAAUUCUCAUCGGGUGUUUAUUAGGAACAGUGUCAAGCUUUAUCAUUCGGACAAAUUCAGCACAUUUAGUAGGACGAUCAUUACCCAAAAGGAUCACAGAUGAUAUCGUAUGCCAGUUGGAGAACGAUCCGGUGAUACGCAGCGUGCACGAUGUGAAAGCAACGUCCAUUGGCGUGGAAAAGUCUAGAUUCAAGGCGGAAUUGGACUUUAAUGGAGCGCAAAUCACGGAAAAGUACUUGAGGGAGGAAUGUAAUACUAGUCAGAUGUUGGAUGUAAGUUUGGGAAGCGGUGGGAGUUGAGGUUUUUGGGAUUUGGGGGUGAUAUAAGGGGUUGAAGGGAAGAAUAAGGUCAGUUUUGGCUAGUGUAAGGUCGUUUUUUGGUGGCAAAGGGCUGGAAUUUUAUUAUAUUGACGUUUGAAUGGAUGUAUAUGAUAGCAAAGAUACUAGAGAAGUUAUUAAAGUCAAUCGUAUACAAGUAUAUAGCUUUUACAUUAGGUUAAUGAGCUAUUUAUCUACUACAACAUCGAUUUUUGAUGCUUUUUUAAGAAACAUUUGGGUUUUAAUCAAUUUUAGCUAGGUUUUUAGUACUCAAAAUGUGGUGACAAGGUUAAUAUAACUUUUUUUAGGAAGUAAAACAAAUGGAAAAACCAGAACAGCUGGAAGAGUUCAUGGUGGAGCACGGCGAACGAAUCAUAGACAAGAUCGGCGACGAAGUCGACCGGAUCGAACAAAAAAUCACUCGAAAGUACCCGGACAUUAGGCACGUGGACCUAGAAGCACUGUAA